AGAGCAUCACGUUAUUUCACUGCACAUAACUUCAGGUGUCACUGAGAGAGACAGGCGGUCACAGCUGUUAUGGUGUGAACACUGUGUUCCUUCUUCUGAAACAGUCUCAGGAUGAAGUGUUCCCUGCGAUCCUUUUGGAGGGUUUACCUGCUCUGCUGUCUGGGUCUACUCUGGUACUGUGGAGAAGCCAGAGUGCUUACUGAAAUUCAGGCUGGUCCUCUGUAUCGUGUGGUGGGCUCCCCACUCUUCAUCUCCUGCAAUGUGAGCGGCUUCACCAAUAACAACACUGAAAAAAACUUUCAAUUUCGCAUUUCCAAGCCUGAAAAGCCAAGUUUCGAAAUCAACAUCAUCAGCACCGAUGACCCAAAUUUCGGCUAUGCCAUAUAUCAAGAUCGUGUGAGAAGCAAUGAAAUUACUCUGAAACGUGUGUCGCCAAACUCUGUCAUCUUUAAAAUAAUAAGCCUACAGAAAAAUGAUGAAGGGGAUUAUGACUGUACUGCAGUCAAUGAGGAAUCUACUUAUGAUGGAACCUACAGUGUUAAGACCACCGUCAAAGUGAUUGACAACUCCCUAAGUGUUUCAUCACAACCUCACUCCACCUCACUGAGCUAUAAUGAGGGUGAUGCUCUCAGUUUAACAUGCCAAGCUUCCAGCAACACCGUCCAGCACACCCAUCUGUCUCUCACCUGGUAUCUCCGUAAAGCUGACGAGGACGACGCACAGCCCAUCAUUUCUCUGGACAGAGAUUUCACACUGAGUCCAGGCAGGGGGUUUGAGGGGCGUUACCAAGCUGGACUCAUAAUGUUAGAUAAAGUGGGAGAGGCCACAUACAGGCUGAAGAUGACUCAGGUGGAGCUGUCAGAUGAAGGCAAGAUAUACUGCCGGGCUGAUGAGUGGAUCCAAGAUCCAGACCGCUCCUGGUACUCUAUCACACAGAAGGAUGCAGAGGAAACUACCCUGCAUGUCAAAGCCAAAGAGGUGGUGCUAGACACGGCGUCUCUGGUGGUGAGAAUUUCGGCACAGCAGACAACUCUGCAGGAGGGGCAGGAGCUGUCGCUAUCCUGUCACGUAGACACACAGAACCUGGAGGAAAGGUUUUUCUCUGUAGCUUGGCUCUGGGGAAGUGUUGAGCUGGCGCGCAUCGGCCCUACGGGCGUUCUGUCUUUUGGGUCUGAGUACAGUAGUCGAGAAAAAGACGGAGAACUCAGGGCCGCCCGGAUCGGGAACGGAGAUUACAGUCUUAUAUUGCAGCCUGUCAGAACCAAGGAUCAGGGAGAGUAUAUCUGUAGAGCAUGGCCUCAGGAAAGAGGCCAGGAUGGUGCCUUUAAACAGGGUGCAGCCCAGGACUCCAGCUCCCAGCUGGUCAGCAUCUCAACCACAGAAAGUGGGCUCUCAGUUGAAAUGCAAAGCACUGUGACUGUUAACGAAGGUGACAGGCUGAAUCUCACCUGUAAAGUGCAGGGGGUCAAAGAUCAGCUCUCCAUCAACUGGCAACACAAAUUAACAUCAACAUCAACAACCACCUUCGCCGAUAUCAUCGGUCUGAGUCAGGAGGGUGUUAUAAUUUCAGCGGAAAAGUUUGUAAAUCGCAAAAUAAAGGCAAUGCGUCCAGCAACUGACACCUUCACCCUGGAGCUUGAUGAGGUCACAGUCACUGAAUCAGGUGUCUACCAGUGUACUGUGUCUGAAUGGAAAGCCAAUAGCAAGACCAAAAGCCAAUCAAAGACUGCAACUGUGACAGUGGCUCCUACAGAGUCGCUUGUGAGAGUGAAUCUGAUAAGUCGCAAAAACAUGGUGACUGUAGGAGAAAAUGUGGAGUUGAUGUGCCGCGUCAAAGGGCCUCGCCUGCAAAUCACACUGACUUGGAGCCUACAGCGUGAUGCCUCGACCUUAGAUAACAUUCUGACUCUGCACUAUAAUGGUGCCAUCAGCUGGUCUGGAGACCAGCAUCGCUACCAGCUGAAAGUAAAAAACGAAGGAGAUGCAGUCACUCACUAUCUACUUAUCAACGGUGCGAGCCACAGGGAGGCAGGAAAAUACCAGUGUGGAGUGUCUGUCUUCAUGGAGAAUGCGUACAAGAAGCUGCCUCCAUCCAACCAGCUGGCUGUCAUGGUGCAGAAUCCAGUGAGCCGGCUCGUUCUGACCUCCACCCCUCUCUUGACAAGAAAUAUCAACACUGACAUAGAAAUAAAAUGCUCCAUUACCUUAGCUCACACGUCCUCUCGCUAUGCUGUCACCUGGGUACUCCAGCAAAAGGCAAAGAAUACAAGCCUUGUAAGCUCCGACCGGGAUUCUUUAGUAACGUUUGGGCCCCAGGUAGACAGACAGCGAAUCAGCAUGUGGCGCACUGAGGGGCCUAGUUUUGAGCUGACUAUUCGGCAAGCUCGGAUCUCAGACAACGGCUCAUAUGUAUGUGAGGUGGUAGAGUGGCUACAAGAUCCUCGUGGUGAAUGGUAUAAUCUCCCGCCAGUCUCCAAAUCUACCGAGCUAGCACUGAUUGAGCCUGGGGACGCCCUCUCUGACACAGGAUGCAAGUCAGAUAUCUGGAUGGGAGCUUUCAUUGGUGUUAUCAUCUUCUCACUGUUCAUAAUUCUGUUGCUGGUGCUGAAGAAAUACUGUGACAAGGGGUCAGAAAAGAAGUCGGGCCAAUCUCUGUGGGCAGAGCAAUACCCUCUGAACACCAAACCCGUUGUAGAGACCUGAACCUAAUAGACCGUAUUGUUAUAUGUGUCAUCUAUUAUAUGCAAUAAUGUUUUAUCAUUUAAAUAGUUGCACUUGUUUUUUAUUCAUUUUAUAAUUGUCUUUAGCAAAGUCCAAUAUUUCUUGUUUAAGUGAAUCUGUUUGUAAAUGGAUAUUUUACUCUCUGUGCAGCUGUGAAUAAUUUUGCC